AGGGAGUUGCGUGCUGUUGCUUCAGCGGAACUUGCAACACGCGUGUCCCUAAAUGCUCAGCCUGCAUCAUCCAUGUCUGUGGACCUGGUGGGCAACAAUAGGGGGUCCUGGGAGUGAAAUCGAGCUGUUAGAAAUGCGAUGCGAGCCCAGCAACCUAGCAGCCAUUGUUUCUGUCGACAAGGUUGUUUUUAUUUUCAAGCCAUUUCUUUGCGCCAGAUCCAGCAAUUUCUCCUAAUCGACGAAUGAGUUUUUUUUUUGUUCGGCGUCCUAUCAUGGUUCGAGCAGUUGAGAUGACGGGCAAAUCUUAGGAUUUAGGUUCUACAUUUACCCUAAAAAUAACGAUUGCGGAUGCUACAUAAAUUAUCCCUAGCUGUCAACAUCACAGGCAUUCCGUAGCUACCCCUAAGGCACCGUCUCGCGUUUGUAUCAGAAUUCCAUUUCCUAGUAGAUGGUUCUUACCGAUAGCAACUCACCUACCAGUAAUGAACCGUGCUACUAUUAGCUCGCCGGCUGCGAUGCUCGAUUGAGGCAAGAGGCUCUCCUUGAAUGGGAAGAAAUGGCGGGUCAAGGCAACUGUCCGCUCGCAGCAGCCGUCGCAGGCUGGAUGGAAGAGAACGAGGACUCGGAGCGCCGCUUUAGGGACCUUGAUAUAUCCAAUUUCGCCAACUCGGAUGAUUUCGGAGGCUCCAGACCUAGUUACGGCAACGUGGACAUUGUUGGCUUCCACAACGCCGGCGUGGGCUCCUUCGGGGGUUCUGAUGACGUGGCAGUGCGUUUCGGUGGCGCUGACCUGGCCCCGGGUGACUCGGACGGGUCGUUCGUGCCGUGGGACCCGGAGGUGGAUGACGUGGAUCAGACGUUCUAUCCGUUCGUCAUCGAGCCGAGAAGACCGCCUCCUGGCGUGCCGUUUGACCCCGCGGGCGCGCCCAGGCCCAGCAAUGAGGUGUUCCGCUUGCAAGUGCUCCGCCGCUUCGCCAUCCUCGACACGGAGCCGAAUUCCCGUUUCGACAGAAUUACAGCGCUUGCAGCACAAAUAUUCAAGUGUCCGAUAUCUCUGGUGGCGUUUGUGGAGGACGACCGGCAGUGGUUCAAGUCCACAUAUGGGCUGCCAGGUGUGUGCGAGACCAACAGGGAGUCGUCCUUCUGUGCCUACAUGCUGCUGCCGAACCGCAAGCCAUGCCUGGUGGUGAGGGACGCUCUAGAGGACAGCAGAUUCGUGCACAAUAAACUGGUGGUGGGUCCGCCCUACAUUCGCUUCUAUGCUGGCGCGCCAGUGACCACCAGUGGGGGCUUUGUGCUCGGCUCACUCUGCGUGAUUGACACCGUGCCGCACCCCGAGUUCUCCGCCGACCAAGAGAGCCUCCUCGUUGCCCUCGCCUCCCUCGUCACUCUCGAGAUGGACAAGCACAGCCAGGAGAUGGAGGUGCAGCGCAUGCAGGCAGACAAGUUCGAGGAGGACAAGAGGGGCCUGCUGCUCGCCAUAGACGCGUUCAGCGAGGGGCUGGUGCUGGUGGACGUGUCGCAGCCGCGGCAGCCGGUGGUGUUUGUGAACGAGGGGUGGGAGGAGAUCACGGGCUACUCCAUCGAGCAGGUUGUCGGCCUGCACUGCGGCUCCAUCUUGCAGGGCCCCGGGUCGAACAUGACGGCGGUGGAGACGAUGAGGAAGGCGGUGGAGACGGGCGGGUCGGCGUCCGUGGAGCUGAUGAACUACAAGCGCGACGGCACGCCCUUCUGGAACUGGCUGCGCAUCCACCCCGUGCCGCCCGGCUCCUCCUUCCUGCCCACCGACAAGAACCAGCGGUACUACUUUGGCAUCCUGUCGGACUGCACGGCGCGUAAGGAAAACGAGUGGCAGCUCGAGAGCAUGCGCAUGGCAGAGGUGGAGCGAGAGGCCAGCAUGCGGGCCAAGAGGCAGUUCGUGGCGAACAUCAGCCACGAGAUCCGCACGCCCAUGAACGCCGUGCUGGCCUGCGCACAGCUGCUGCAGGACGCGCCCAACCUCUCGCCCGACCAGGUGGAGCUCGUGCAGAUGAUAUCCGGCGCGGGGCAGCAGCUGCUGUCUCUGAUAACCGACAUCCUUGACUUCUCCAAGUUGGACGCGGGCAAGAUGGAGAUGCACGAGAGGGAGGUGAGCCUGUGGGCGUGUCUGGACUUCUGCAUGGAACUGCUCGUGCUCAAGUCGCAGCGCAAGGGCCUCGACCUCUCCUACAACGUCGAGCCGUCCGUGCCGCAGUGGAUCUGGGCGGACGAGGUGCGGCUGCGGCAAAUCCUCACCAACCUGCUCUCCAACGCCGCCAAGUUCACCGACGAAGGAGGGGAGGUUGAGGUCUCCGUCUCCGCCACGCAGCUGCCCGACCCAGAGAGGGGGGAGGAGGGCGAGCAGCAGGGGGAGGAGGAGACGUGGCACGUGCUGCCGUGGUUUGAGAUCCAGUUCUCCGUGCGCGACACCGGCAUCGGCAUGCCCGCUGAGUUCGCCUCCGUCAUCUUCGAGGCCUUCACCCAGUGUGACAACUCGCGCACGCGGCGUUACGAGGGGACAGGGCUUGGCAUGGCCAUUGCAAAGGACCUGUCGGAGCGCAUGGGGGGGCGCAUCUGGGUGGAGACGGAGCUGGGGAAGGGCUCCACCUUCCACUUCACCAUCCAGGCGCACGGAAGCAUGGUGGAAGCUUCCAACAUGCUCCCCUCACUCCUGGCAAAUCAAGCCAACGCUGGUCUACUCCUCAAGUCGAGUACUGCCCCUGCUGUCAGCGGUGCCACUGCUGCUGCUCCCACCGCUGCUGCCAGCCUCAGAUCGAGUCUGCUGCUGCCUUCGUCCUCCUCCACUCCCUCCUCCACUUCCGCUGCCUCUGCUGCUGUAUCUGCUGCUGUUCCUCCUCGCUCUCCCACCUCACGUUCCCCCCAACAGUUCCCUCGAGCCACGUCAGUCCCAGUUCCCACUGCUGCUGCUGCUGCCUCUGCCGAUGCUACUGACAGUGCCGCUGCGGCUGCCACAGCUACUGCAGCACUGAGCAGCGAUGCCCAACCGGCCUUGACCACACCCGAUGCUUCUGCUGAACCCCCCACCCUAUCCAACCCCGAGACUGAUAACCCCUCCCUCCAACCCCUCGCACUUCCCCCCGACUCCGCCCCGACCCCCUCUCCCCUCCACACUCUCUUCCUCACUCCUCCCCUCACUCCCCUCACCGGAAAGCGCGCCCUUCUGGUGGGCGUGCCGACGACCUUUCACCGCAUGCUGGGGUCCAUGCUGGCGGCGUGGGGCAUAUCCUGCACUGCCGUCCGCACCGUGGACGCGUUCUGGGACCAGUGGACGGGUGAGGAGGGCGGGCUGGGGCGGGCGGCAGGCUGCAGCGAAAAGGAGCAGCAGAAGAGUCUAUUAAAAGUGUAUCGGUCGGGUAGUUGGAGCGAUUUACCCUUGUUUGGGUGGGGCGAUGAGGAGGGAGGAGGGGAGAGUGGGGGAGGGAAGGGGGGAGCGGUGGGGAGAGGGGAAGGGAAGGAGAGAGCGAAGGGGUACCCUAGGGCUUUGAGCACACCCAGGGGGGUGUUUGCAGGGAGAGGAGAACAAGAAUCACCUGGUGAGGAUGGCGAUGAUGGCGAUGAUGGUGAUGAUGGUGGGGUCGGGGGGGAGGUUGACGGGGGGAGUGGGAACCGGGAACUGGAGGAUGGGGAAGGAGGGGGAAGGGACGGGAGGGAGGGGCAGAAGCGGUCCUGUGAGGAGUUGUCGUUCCUGGCUCGGGUGCAGGCUCGGCAAGGGCAGAGGUUCGACGUGGUGCUGGUGGAUGGGCCAGUCACCAGCAGCAAAGCGGCGGUGGGGCAGGGGAGAUACGGCCGAGGGGGAGGAGGGGCGCUGGCAUCAGCGGUGGCAUCGAUAGGGUCGGUGCAGCAGGAGCAGGAGCGGGCGCUGCUGAUGAUGCACCUGGGGUGUGCGUGCGCCAGCACUGCCCCCACCUUCCUCUUCCUCUCCAAACACUCCAAGCGCCAGCUGCCCUUCGACCCCGCGUUGCUGCGCAAGGUGGCGGUGCUGUCGCGCCCGGUGCGGGUGAACCAGCUGUACAAGCAUCUCAUCCAGUACCUCGCACCCUCUGCCCUCGCCACCCUCCCUGCCGUCCCUGACUCCCCGCGCUACGAGACCCCCGCCUUCUUCGACGAGCCCCUGGACCUGCGGCCAGCGCCCUCGGCCAUCUCGCCGUCGCCCGCGCCGUCGGGGCUGUCGGGCAUCUCGGUGCCGUCCUCCUUCUCCGGCUGCUCCUCCGCCCCCCUCGCCUCGCUCCCAGCCUCCAUCCCAGCCUCCGUCUCCACAGCAGGUCCAGCAGCAGGGUCGGGGCCGGAGGAGGUGGCCAAGGCGGUGGCGCGGGAUGUUGCAGCGCUGCGCGUGGCGGUGGUGAAGGAGCCCAUGCCGCUGGGGGUGAGGACGGAGCGGUCCAGCCCGCGCCCGGGGGACCUGCAGGUGCUCAUCGCCGAGGACAACAUCGUCAACCAGCGGGUGCUGCUGAAGCUGCUGAACGGCAUCGGGGUGAGGUCGUGCUUCACUGCCAUCAACGGACUCGAGGUGAUGCAGCGGCUGCGGCAGGUGACGGUGGAUCUGGUGCUCAUGGACGUGCAGAUGCCCGAGAUGGACGGCCUCACCGCCACUGCAUGCCUCAGAAGGGAGCUCCCGCCAGAGCAGCAGCCGGUGGUGGCAGCACUGACUGCGGAUGUGGGGUCGGGGAUAGAGUCGGAGUGCAAGGCUGCUGGCAUGAACUCUUACCUAAGCAAGCCUGUUAGCAAACCAGCCCUUCAACAUUUCAUCGUGAGAUGCCUAUCGUGGAAGCAAAAGGGAGCCAUCGACCCUCUCAAGUGGAUGGAUUAGAGUGGGUGGGAGUAGGAUGAUUGGGUUCACUGAUAUGAGUGUUGUGCAGGAGGGCAUGCAAAAUAAGAUCGGCAUCUCCAUAAGCGGAAAUGUUGAAGUGACUACCGGUAAUAGAAAAUAAGCUGUCACUCACGUUGUAUCGGUAUAUGGAAUUUAUCAAACAAGGACAAUUUCAUUAGCUAUAUUGCCACUGCCUAUUGAUUGCAAUAACUGCAGAAUAGGCAC